AUGGACUGUUUGGGUCUUUUUAUCCUUCUAAUGGUUCAGUUUUUCCAGUGGACAACUGCCCCUGCUGCUGAGGAAGUUACCUGGACCUACGCUGGCUUGGUGGGUCAGUCCGAGUGGUCGCAGUAUUUCCCUGAGUGUGGUGGCACUUCUCAGUCCCCUGUUGAUGUGGUUACCACCUUGACAAAAUAUGACCCCAGUUUGAUCCCCCUGACCCCACUGGGCUACAGCCAGCACGGCAACAAGCCCUUCACCAUGUACAACAAUGGACACACAGCGGUCAUUGAGCUACCUGACUGGAUGGGAGUAGGGGGGAUGCCCUGGCUCUUUACAGCUGUGCAAAUGCACCUCCACUGGGGCAGUGGCGGCCCGAGUCACGGGGGAAGUGAACACACCAUCAACGGACAGAGCGCAGAUGCAGAGCUCCAUGUGGUGCACUACAACUCUGAGCUCUACCCCAACAUGUCCACAGCAAUGACGCAGAGUGACGGCUUGUCUGUUUUAGGAAUUCUCAUUGAGACAGGGGAGGAGACCAACCCAGCAUUUAACAACAUCCUCAACUACCUGAGCCGCAUCCGACAUGCUGAUCAGAAGGUGUUCAUUCCAGCCUUUGACAUCCAGUCCCUGCUCCCGAAGGAUCUGGGACGCUACUACCGCUACAACGGCUCCCUGACAACGCCGCCAUGCUCCCAGAGUGUGAUCUGGACCCUGUUCAACGAGAGGGUUCACAUCUCAAAGGCCCAGCUGCUGAGGAUGGAGACAAUACUUUACUCCAGUAAAGCCAAAGACCCACGCAGGAUGCUGCUGCAGGACAACUACCGUGCGACGCAGCCGAUGAACCACAGGGUCGCCUUCGCCUCCUUCAGUGCAGAAUCAUGGAAGGAGCUCUCCUCUGGUGAAGUCACAGCUAUAGUAAUAGGAGUGAUGUGUGGCUGCGUAGGUCUGGCAGUGAUCGUUCGCUUCAUCGUGAAGACGAUACGAUUUUUUACACUCCUCCAGCGUGAAUCAGUCGUGGUAAACAGCUCUACCUCUAGCUGGGACGUCCUACCCAGUAACCGGCCUGCUCCCAUGUCAAGGAUGAAGGAGCCAGAGAAAGCUAAAGAGACAAAACAAGACAUGGCUCUGAACCCGACAUCUGAAGCAGAAAAGAAAGAAGAGCCCUCACCAUCUCCUCAGACUGAGCCCAACUGA